AUGUGGCAGCCCUACAUUCCUCAUUGUGUAUCCAAGCUCUCCCAUUGGCUCCAAACUGUGAGAAACUCCAGCAAGCCCAAGACCCACACAUUCAUAUGGAGAUUUGGGAGUAUAAAUAGAGGAGAUGCAGCCAGUACAAAUCACACUCACUCUACACAGAGAGAUCUACAGCACAGAGACACAGCCAUGGCACCAACCAUCACUUCAGCAAUGACCACCUCAAACGAGCACCUGCCUCUGAACAACAAGCUGAGGAAGCUGAUGGUGGAGAAGAUGCGCAGAGAUCGUAUCAACAGCAGCAUUGAGCAGCUGAAGUCUCUCCUGGCUCCAGAGUUCCUCCACCAGGAACCUGACUCCAAGCUGGAGAAAGCAGACAUCCUGAAGAUGACAGUCAGCUUCCUGAGACGACAGCAGCAGCAGCAGUCUGCAUUCUCCUCCAGCUCAGCAGCUGUCAAUCAAGGCUUCUCCAGAUGUGUCCAUGAGGUUGUCCACUUUCUGUCCAAAGGAGAGGUGAAGACACAGAGCCAGAGAAAACUGCUGAACCACUUCCAGAACCUGCAGCCAUCUUCAGAUGAGAACAGGAGGGAAAGAGUUCUGCCUCAGCUGAGCUCUACAGAGCAGCAGAUCAUCAGCAAAGAGAAGAGUUCAGUUAAGAGCGCCCUCUGGAGGCCCUGGUAAAGAGAAGAUCAAGACUCAAAGCAGAAAACACAAGUCUAUGUGGACUUUAUUUAUUUUUAUUUCAACUUCUGUGUGAACAGGAUUAUAUUGUUAACACUUAACGUUAUUAUUGUCUUAUGAUAAUAUACUUCUACCUUUCUACUUCAAGAAAGAUUCUUAAUGAAGAUGCUGGUAGAAUCCAGUUCGAAGCAGCAUCAAGAUCUGCAGUCUUGACAAUGCAUGUUUAUGUUAGACAUAAAUAAUAUUGAUGAAUUGUUUUCAAUUCAUGAAAUGUCCUUUCCAGUGCUAUUUCCGUUUUAGGAAAAAUAUUGUUCUAUAUUGAACUAACUUCUGUAUUAUCUUUUUGAUUUUACAACAUUCUGAUUGUAUUCGAUCAGAUUUGAUCACAUUUUUGGGAAUUGGUCGAGAUUUAUACUGGAAAAUACAGUACUAUGUACAUUGUAUGUUUAUAUAGUAAACAAGAAAAUAUAUAAGCAUUAAAUGGCUUCUAUGAAGGUAAUCACAUUCUGAUUAAUACAGAAUUAUCAAGCUAAAGAAAUUUCAUUUCUAUGAAAUGUAAUUUUAGUGUUGGUUUAUCACGAUAAUAUCAUGAUCUAAAUUAAGAUUUUUUUUAACCUUAAUUAAGGUUUAUUUUGUACCUAUUGUAUGGUACUCUUAUGAAUGAAACCUAAACUUUGUCACUGACAGUAUCUGUUGAGACAUUUUAUGUUUUAUUGCUAUUUCUAUUUACUCUUGAGAAAUAUUAUCUUUAUAAUUAACAGAUUUUAGCUGUUGGAAAUGGUUCCUGUGUCUUUUGUAAAGACAGGUUGUUUAAACUCUGCUCUAUUAUGAGUGCCAUGUGUCUUGAAGAACUCUUCAAGCGAAAGUUGUGAUAUGUUAUCACAUGUUUUCUUAACUAUGAGAAAAUCAUUCAUAUAUACUGAAAUAAUAAAGCAAUUACAUUUAAGUUA